CCGUGGCGCGCGUGGCCGCGUGGCGAAAAAGAAGAACUCCGAAGCUAUGGCGUCGCCGGCGAGGGACGAGGAGGAGGAGGAGGAGUCGAAGCCGGCGGUGGCGCCCCUGUUCGUGACGCUCAAGGUGGUGGACCAGAAGCAGAACCUGGUCCGACACGCCAUCAGGACGACCGACAAGCUCCAGGCCGUCAUGGACAUGUACUACAGCAAGGUCCCCGGCGUCGAGUACGGCACCGGCACCUUCCAUUUCGACGCCGUCCGCGUGGUCGGCUGGCGCACGCCGGCGGAGCUCCAGAUGGAGGACGGCGACGUGAUCGAUUUCUUUGAGCAGCAGAUUCCUGCCGGGCGCUGGCUACUGUUUUAUGGAGCUCUGUUCUUGAGGAUCGUCGGGUCAGGGCAGUGUAUGUUCUUCUUUUCCAAUGCAGGUACCGGAUCCCCUUCUCUAGCCGGCGAGAGGGUUCCAUUUUCUCGGUCACCAGGACGGCCGACGGCUGGCGACGUGGGUUCCGGGUGA